UCCACCGUCCGGCCAUCGAUAUGACCGCCGUUGCCGCCAAAAGAAGCGUCUGGCCCCCAGAGCAACGCCCAAUCACCACUUGCCGUCACCGGUUGUUGAUUUUGUCGCAAAUCCACCAUGAAGCCAUGAGUAUCCAUCUAACAAAAUUCACAGAUCCGACUGAUUUCGGUGUCGAUUUGGCAACCCGACCUCACCAAUGGACUCCCCUACGUGAGGAGCACCUAGCCCAGCCCUUCGUCGACCGAAACGACCAUCGAAAAACGGAGACCCACAUCGAAGUGAAGAGAUGGGUUUUCAAUCAAGAGGAGGUCAAUAACGAAGGAUGCGAAUGGUGAUUACAAAUAUAUGAUAUUUACAUGCGGGAGGUUGGAUAACAAGGCGAGGCUUGUUGAUAGACUUUCCGUCGAUGGGAAGUGGAAGAUUACAUUGUUUGAAGAUAUCCAUAACCACGAUCUAAGUCCUUGUCAUUCUAGAUUCUUCGUGUGUAACAGAUAAAUAAAUCCGAGUGUGAAAAUGUAACUAGAGAUUAU